AUGGAUGCAAGACUGAUCCGCACGUAUAUGAUAACUACAGAAGAUUCAACGGAUGAAACCAAAGAAAUUGUUAAUUCUAUAAUCCAGAGAAUUCGUGAUGGACAGUCAACUCUGGUAACAUUGGUUCAACAUCUCGGUGAAUAUCUUACAAGUGAAGAUGCUUCCACCAGAACCAAAGCAACUAGUCUCUUGACAACGAUAUUAACCGGAUGUCCUAGUGGACAGGUGAAUAGAGCUGCUAUGAAUGUGCUUGUCAACUUUUAUUGCGAAAGACUAGCUGAUACUGCAAGCGUGCCCGAAUUGUUACGGGGCCUUGCAUUUUUACAACAAUUAGACACUUUCUCGAAUGACAAUGCCGUCAGCGUAUCACUUGCUGUAUUCAAAAUAAAUGUACAAGAUUACCCGCAAGCAAUAAGGCAUUACGUAUACCAAAUCUUUGAUGGUAUAUUGAAGAUACACAUGAAAGCCUUGAAACAAAUAGAAUCUGAGUUUGUAUCAGGGUUUAUUAAAACUAUGGAUGGCGAAAAAGAUCCGAGAAAUCUGUUAUUGGCAUUCUCACUUGUUAAAUUGAUUAUAGGUGAAUUUGAUAUCUCACAGCAUGUUGAGCGAGCUUUUCACAUCAAGGAACUGUUUGAAGUCACUUUUUGUUAUUUCCCUAUUACGUUCAAACCACCACCCGAUGAUCCGUAUGGUAUUACUGCUGAUGAUCUGAAAACUGCAUUAAGGGAAUGCUUGACUAGUACUCCUUUGUUUGGUAAACAUAUAAUGCCCCUGUUGUUAGAAAAGCUCACAUCAACGUCUGGCAACGCAAAGAGAGAUGCCAUUGGAGUUAUUGCUCAAGGCUCACCCGUUUAUGGGACUGAAUCGUUGACUCCGUACAUAGAAGAUCUCUGGGAGGGAUUGAAAGUUGAAAUAUUUCAUGCAACUGAUGACGCCAUUGAAUAUAAAGCACUUGAAGCGUUAAAAAGUGUCGUGUCCACAUUCUCAGCCUCAAUUAUUGAUCAAUCCAAUCCCUUGGAGAAAUUCCUUUCACCAGUCGUGUUUGAGUGCACGGAGUUUCUCAAAGAACCUGACUUGAAGAUGGCUAAGCCAAGUGGAAGAAUUCUUAAAUAUUGCGCUAUGGCUUCCGAUCCAGCAUUCGCUAUGAUCAUUGAAUCGACUGUUCCGAGAUUUUUAAAGCAAUUUACUCUUUGUGAUUUAUCUACACAAAAGAAAGGUAUUGCAGAGGCAUUGGUGGAGUACAUUGAAGCAAGCAAAGCUCUUUAUGGUUCUGUUGAUCAGCCAGGAGAACUUAACGAGCAAGAUAUUAAAAAUCCCCUCAAGGAAUUUAAAGAAGACUAUCUCCGUAUUUUCAGAACAUCAUUUCUUUCCUCAAAUGAGUACAACGAAUUCCGUCUUGUGGGUCUCAAGGGCUUACGCGAACUGGUUUUACUUGAAAAUUUUCUGGAAGAUAACGAAAUUGGCGUUAUAAUUCAGGAACUCAACCAGACGAUUUUAAACGAUCCGGACGAAGACAUGAUGUCCGAAGCAUUGAAAUCGUUGGCAAACAUAUCUCACUAUAAGGCUCAGUUACUGCUGACGUAUAGUAUUCCAGUAUUUCUUUCGCAAUUACCCACAGACUAUGAAGAUGCUGAAAGUACAGUUCUUGGAACUACUAAAAAGUCGUACAUUAACGCUCUCAAAGCUCUCUCUCAACUGGCAGUCGAGCCAUUAUUAUUUGGGGCAUUUGCACUUGAGGCCAUGAAGAAUCUUGAUGUUUAUAUUGCUGCUUCUUCCACGGAGGAUGUCGAGUAUCCCUUGGCAUUACUUAGGGCGAUGUAUGAUACUCUCAUAGCAAAGGCAAAGUUGCAUCACACAGACAUACAAGGUUACGUUGAUGGAAUAAUAAUUCACUUGUUGACAAGAUGUGUUGAGCCUACGCUCAACAAGGAAAAUAUCAAAGCAAUUGCAAUAUUUGGUGAAUUGAGAAUUAUUGAGCAGAUAUCAAGGAUAAUAGGUAUCAUUAUACGUACAUUGGAUGUUAGUACGCAAACCGAAUUCAUUGAGAAGAUGUUUGAAGUAUUUAUACAAGGAAACAUAUCGUUGCUCCCAUUCGGCGAAGGAACCAAAAUAAAUAAAGACAUUGUGUUUGCUCCAAUCUCAGUCAAUUCUGAUGUACCUCAACAGAAUCUCGCUUUAUUGUUUACCGUUGCUGUUGGGUCAAUUCGCCAGCAGGUCACACUGCCGUUACCAAAUAUAUCCGAUUUCCUUUCCACAGUUGUUGACAUUUCUAUAUCAACUCAGAAUGAUAUACAUAGGAGGUCACUGACUAAGCUCGCAGCCUCUAUUUUGAACAAACUUCGUGAAGAUAACGAAUUGGAGAAAUUUAUUGAAUCAAAGAUACUGGGAGAGCUACUAAGAAGCUCCGAGUCGGAUCAAAAUGAGCGCAAUCGAUGCGUUGCGUUUUCUCUCUUUCUCUGGUUCACAAAAGCGCUCGUUAUUCGUGCCCACACUGCUGGAUUCACUUGCACUGGUCAUGUCAUCCGACAAUUUAGUGACAAUGUGUUAUAUAAACAGAGAUUCUUCAAUCAUUGCCUGCCCCAACUAGUGGAAGGAUUCAAAUCCUCUGCAGAUGAAGUGAAGCAUCAUUACUUGAUCGCUCUGUCUCAAUUACUUAUUAAUGUUCCAAAAGAAGUGACGCUUGGAUUUCUUUCACAAAUCACACCUCUACUCAUACAUUCACUCUCUCUCCCCGAUUCGUCUCUUCGUACAUCAACACUCGACACGUUUUAUAUUAUUGCCAUUGAUGCGCCAGACAUAAUAGUCGAGCAUGUAUCUACACUUAUCAAGCUGUUCCUCUCUCUCACUUCAAAGUCCGAGCAUAACACAAUGUCUGUUCGAAUAUCGGCAUUAAAAUGUUUGAGUAUUCUUCCAGAUACAAUCAAGUUUGAUGUACUGUUUCCAUACAAGACUCAAGUGAUUAGAGUUCUGGCAGAAGCGUUGGAUGACCAGAAGCGUGUGGUUAGGAAAGAAGCCGUGGAUUGUCGAAGCAAAUGGUUCUUAUGUGCUCUAUUACCAGGUUAUAUCCAUCCUGACGAAUUUUUUCAGGGUCCAGAAGUAUUAGCAGGAGAUGUAUUUAACCUCGAGGUUUUCAUUCCUUGGGAGUUUGAUCCACGGCUCCCUUCUAGGAGUAUUGUGCCUCCAGCGUUAACAGUUGGGUUUCCGUUCCUAAUUUUGAAAGGAUUCACGACAAUAUUGGGAAUAGAGAUUACAUCCAGAAUGUUAUUUUUGACGAUACGCAUAACCUUUCUGUUUCUUUCUUUCAUCUUGGAUUUUGUAUUAUACAAGUCGAUGUCUUUACUGAAAUAUUCCCAACGCAAUGCCGCCCUUACACUUGUAAUACUCGCCUCGGCAUACACGACUUUGAUAUUUCACACACAUUCGUUCUCAAACACAAUAGAAAGCUUAAUCUUAUCCCUGUGCUUUUAUUAUGUGAUUGAGGGCAAUCAACUGUGGGAUGCGAGAAGUAAUAAUAAUGAUGUCGCACCCAAAAAUGACACGACAGUUACAGGCAGGUUGAAAAGUUUGGCAGCCUCUAACUUAUUCUCCUAUCUGUCAAGGAAGUCAUUUUUCAAACUUGGAUGUCUCUUCAUGUUGGGUGUUUUUACCAGAAUCACAUUUAUCUUAUAUAUACUCCCUGUGGGCGUUAUGAUUCUGUGGUCCUCCAUUACAUCUGACAAAGGCAUGUUGGAUGCCUUCACGUAUAGAAUUAAACCUAUCAUCGUGGGAAUGGUUAUGACUGCAGCUUUUUGUCUUUUGGUUGACAAUAUAUAUUUUGGUGUAAUAGUAUUUAAAAGAGACAAAAAGCUGAUAAACCUUGGUAGAAUUUUAUGGGAUUUGAUAGUGAAACUUGAGAUACGUAUGGAUUGGAAUAUAGAAAUGAAGGGAAGCCCCAUAAUUGCCCCAUUAAAUAACAUACUGUACAACAUGGACCCAAAUAAUCUUGCCAAGCAUGGGCUGCAUCCACGAUACCUUCAUAUAGUAAACUUACUGAUUCUUUUUGGACCACUUGCAUUGCUUGACAUUAUUAAUCUCUUCAAAACCAUCAAGAAUUGGCAGAUUGAAUCAUGGAACAAAUACAACAUUGUGCUGGUUGCGAGUGGGUUAAGCGGAUUCGGCUUUCUUUCAAUCAUACCACAUCAAGAGGCAAGAUUUCUGCUACCAAUGUUGAUAAUACUAGUCCUUUGCUCUGCAAAUUCUUUUCAAUCACUUACUAAGAAAUUUUGGGUUUCGUGGAUAUUAUUUAAUAUAGCAAUGAUCAUGGUCUAUGGAGUUGUUCACCAGGCCGGAGUAAUUCCAAUGAUGGCCAAAUUACAGAACCAAAGCAUGAAAUUCCACAGCUGCCAUUUAAGAAACGGAGGAGAUCAUACCAUUUGCCAGCUUGAUAAUAAGUUUAUAUCUCCUGUUUACGAACACCCAUCAGAAAUCUAUGAGACAAAUAUAAUAUUUUACAAAACAUAUAUGCCUCCAAGACAUUUACUAGGUUAUCCAGCUGCCUGGAGAGAUUCAAACAUUCAAGUCAAUGUUCAUGAUCUGCUCGGAUCAUCUCCGGAAGACUUUGAUAAUACUUUGGCGAAACAUGUAGUCGUCGAUGUGACCGUUGCUAACACCAUGCUACCAAAUCAAGUUUUGUUUAGACGAGUUGCUACUGAUUCAAGUAAUAGCUCCGUCUCAUUUUAUAAAAGGACACUUGUGGUUACUCCAUCAACUGUACCAUUGCCCGGAACUGUGAAGUUUAAAUUGAUUGAUCAACAUUGGCCGCACGUUGACUUUGAUCAAUUGGAUAAAGCGUUCGAUCAUGGAAUUGCUUUGAAUUUGUAUUUAUUAGUCGGUUAA